UGUUUGUAAGGCAUGUUUGUAAAAACACCUAAUAUAAAUAAGGCCUAGUCCUGGCUUUAUCAAAACCCUGUAUGGGAACCACCCCAUAGAUUCAAUUUUCUGUGACUUAAAUAUUCAAGUUUACAAUCUCUGAUCUGAAGAUGUGGCUUGCUUGUGUUGCCCUUUAGCUGUUUGUAAACUAGUAAAACAAAUAUUUCCAUAUUAAGUUUUCAAAAUAUUAUAUUGCAGUAAAGAAAAGUUUUCCUUUUUUUUGAACCACACAUUCAGCAGAUAUCAGCAGUGCAGUAAUCCAUAUGCAACAGUGAUAAAAGACAGUUUAUUGUUAGCACGCAAGGGUCGGUCUAUAAAUAUACAGGAAAUGCUUUUUCUGAGAUGAGAGGACAGAAGAUUUAGGCUGAGACCUCAGCAAGUGCAUCUCAUUCACUGGAAGAGACUCAAGAAAAAGGCCACUUCCUGUUGAGGUUGUCACAGCAUAAGCAUUCAAAACAAAAAGGCUAAAAAACCUUUUGUACAUCACUUACCAGGCCAAGCAACAGCAAGAAACAUCAUUCACAAAAAUAACCUCAAGGAAUGUAAUGGAAAUAAGAAGGAAAGCAACGAUUUUGUUUUUGGCAACACGCGUGUCCGGUGCAGAUGCCUCGAGUUUCCUGUACAACCCGGUGUAUUGCUAUGCGUUAGAUGUAUUUCUGCUGCUGUAUUCAAUCCUUUUUACUGCUCUCUUCUUCAGAGAGAAGUUUACAAGGCCUGUUGCUUCAGACCCUGCAGCCCCAGCGGUUCCUGCCCGUAACCCUAAUGAGCCUGUAUAUACAGACUUGGAUUUGCCUCAAGUAGGUUCCGAUUAUCAUCAACUGGACAGACCGAUUAGAAGACGAGAGGAAGAAACUCAGUAUCAGGAACUAAGAGGACAAUCAAAUGAUGAAUACCAAAGAAUAAACACCAAAGAACUAAGAGGACAAUCAAAUGAUGAAUACCAAAGAAUAAACACCAAACCCCGCAAACCCAAGAACAAAUCUAAUGAGGCUCGAACGGGACGGAGAAGAGAGGGAGCUGAGAAUAUGGAGAUGUACGCGCUUCCCCAAUAACACCAUACUACUAAUUCAGUCCGAACUCAACAAAAACGACACAAAUAACUGCCAACAGAUACAUCAUCAUGUAUCUCUGUUGAACGUGUUAAUAUAUUUUAGUGGAGGGACACUCCACCUUUUUAAAAAAAUAUGCUCAUUUUCCAGCUCCCCUAGAGUUAAACAUUUGAUUUUUACCGUUUUUAAAACACUUCAACUGAUCUCCGGGUCUGUCGAUAGCACUUUUAGCAUAUCUUAGCAUAAUCCUUUGAAUCUGAUUAGAUCAUUAGCAUCGCACUAAAAAAAAAAUAACCAAAGAGUUUUGAUAUUUUUCCUAUUAAAAACUUGACCCUUCUGUAGUUAAAUCGUGUACUAAGAUGGACAGAAAAUUAAAAUUGCAAUUUUCUAGGCAGAUAAUGUUAGGACUAUAGCCUACUCUCUUUCUGGCGUAAUAAUCUAAGACUUUGCUGCUGUAACAUGGCUACAGCAGGCGUAUUAAUAUUACGCAGCGCCUUAAAAUAGUCCCCUGGGUACUUUCAAUAGCAGGGGACUAUUUUCAGGCGCUGUGUAAUAUCAUUGCAUUCCUAGCCAUAUCUGCCAAGAAAACAGCAAUCUUUAAUUGUCCGUCUUAGUACACGAUGUAACUACAGAAGAGUCAAGUUUUAAAUAGAAAAAUAUUGACACGCUUUCGUAACUUUAAGCGUGAUGCUAAUAGUCUAAUCAGAUUCAAUGGAUUGUGCUAAGCUAUGUUAAAUGGUAGAUCAGCUGAAUGGAUUCCAAAAUGAUAAAAAUCAAAUGUUUAACUCUAGGGGAGCUGAAAAACUAGCAUAUAUUUUCUCAAAAAAGUGUAGUGUCCCUCUAAUUUCUUCAUAGUUUGCCUGUAUUUUGUAACCUUGUAUAUAUAUAUCGAUGCAACAUUUUUUUAAAAGGUUCUUGAAAGCUUUAACACAAGCACAGAUAAUGAUGUACUGGACUUCCAGGUCUAAGUAGGUAGCACACGCUGCUGUCAUUUCUAUAUAUUUUGUGUGUGAGACUAAAUACACUUUUUACUGUAUAACUGCGAAAUGUAAAGCCAAAAUAAAUGCUGAUUU